CGCAGAUGGUGGUUGGCAAUCUUGCUUUAUGUGCAAGCCUUCUGAUCGAAGCAUGGGCCGAUACUGUUUGCUAUGUCAGGCAACCUGUUGAUCUGACGAACAAAACGAACUGCGACGUUUUAAAUCUGGACACAUAUGCGAACGACUCCUUAUCACUUGAUUCAAGACUUUUUGAUUACAUCAGCAAGUUCAAGGUGUACGAAAAGUUUUUGUUGAGACAUACGACUUUGGAGAAGUUUACUGCCCAAAAGGAAAUAAGACUAAAACCAAAAACGUGGCUGUCUAUUACGGAAAACUCUCAUUUGUUAGAGCUUCCAAAGUUUGUAUGGGACGAUGAUGCGAAGGUUUCGAUCUAUGUAAAGGACAAUCACAAACUUGACACUACUCAACUCAGGAAAAUGCUGAAAUCGAGAAAUGUUGACGAAGCGGAUGUGCAACAUCCUUUCGCAUGCGGCAAUACAAGAAAAAGUUCUUCUCACUGCACGGUUAUUGAAGGAGCUCUUACUAUCGGAAAUGAAAACGACAUGAAUAGCCACUUGGAUAAUCUUGAAGAGGUCUAUGGACAGAUUAUUGUGCACAAUUAUGAAAAUGCAACACUACCUGCUAUGCCAAAGCUGAAAAAGUUGGAGUGGACUGAUGAAGAUUCAAAAGAGCCUGCAAUCAUGAUAUAUGAUAAUCCUCAACUGAAAAGUAUAGCGGAACUUUUCAAGUUGGACAAUAUCGUGCUUGGACCAAAAAAGAAGGCAAUUCUGAUCAAAAACAACUCCUUGCUUUGCAUCGAACAAGAAAAUGCUGAUCGUCCUUUCGUAAAAAAGUACGCCAGCAAUGUGAAAAUCUGCGCAUCUGAAGGAGCUCAUGGACUCAAUUCUCCAGAGCAAGCAGCUAUCUCUAGUAUGUCUACUACAAGGAGUAUUCUAUGCGCAGUAGCUGUUGUCACAACUAUUCUGGUAUAAGAUGCAGCGAAAACGGAAGUUUGAAGUAUCUUUUACAAUUUUCUGCAGUAUUUCCAAAGGCACUGUAGAUUACCAGGUCUAUAAUAGUGCCGAAGCUCGAGCUCGCUCGUAUCUGUAUUUUUAAG